AUGUGUGGAAAAGGUUAUGGCUAUGGGCUGAGCUGCUCCCGAACAUUCCGGUAUAGCAAGGAGAGUGUGGAAAUCAAGAGGGAGGUUCAAAAGCCCCCCCACUCCCCCACAGAGUCGGUGGAACAGUUGAGUAAACCUGAGCCCAGCAGGAGAACCACACCAUCACCCCAUCCACAGUGUUUUUCACCCUAUGAUGCUGUGCCAUAUCUUUGCAUCAAAACUAAUAACAAUAGUACUGAGGGUUCCCUCAAGGUUGAUGUCAGUGGAGUUGGUGAGAGCGACUUGUCUGCCAAUGCCUGGGAUGACAGAACUUUGGAAGGUAACGUCGUGGAAGGAAGUUUUAUUGAGAAGCAGAUUGAGACGGCCGAAAUCGCUCAGCAGGUUAAAGAACUGCUUAAUCAACACAAAAUCGGUCAACGUGUGUUCGGCCGGUUCAUUCUAGACCGUCUGCAAGGAAGCGUGAGUGAGAUUCUGGCUCACCCCAAACCUUGGAGCAAGUUGACCGCCAGAGGGAAAGAGCCUUUCCUGAGGAUGGUACGCUUCCUGUCAGAUGGACAGAAUGUUCUGGCUCUACGUAUGAUUCAAGACAGGCUGCGAGCUGAGCUGGACCCCUCCUUAAAAAUAUCAGGAAGCUGUUCUCCGGUCAUCCAUUCUGCAGACAUGGGCUCCGAUGAUGCAAUAAGGAACAUUCUGGAACAGGCUAAAAAGGAGCUUCAGUCACAGAAUGGAGAAAAUGAAGCCAAGGAUCAACAAGAUCAGAGAAGAUAUACUCAGAUAUACGCAGCUCACAAUGAUAAUAGUAUGGGCAGAGGAUCUGAAGACAUUAUCAAAGGCAUCCUGGAGCAAGCAAACCGUGAGAUGCAAGUCCAACAGAAUACAGAGGACCACAACAGUGGAACAGCUGGAGACCACUUGAUGGCCUCCGGCCUUCAGAUGAAGCAGGAAGUGGAAGAAAGGUGUGUUCUAGACCAACACCCACCAGAUCACGACCUUCUCAAAGAGGCUUCUCCAACUGACUUUGUUCAAAACAUCAUCCGAAAGGUUAAGAGUGAAAUCAGGGCUGAGAGUACCUGUUCAGCAAGUUCACCUCUGCUGCCUGCUCAGUCUACUAGCAGCCCUCCUUCCAUUGCUCACCCUCCAUUCUCAGACAAGCAAUACUCCUCUUUAAGCAGAAAACAAGAUAAAGUGUUGUCAUCCAGAACCAAAGGAGAGAUGCAGUUUUUUGGAAUAAAAGUGAGUCCAGGAAAGGUCCAUUCAGGUUAUGGUGGACCUAAUCACCCUCUUUUGGAGAGCUACAAGGAGAACUUUCAACCUCCUCAAACUCAAGAUGGACAAAGCUGUGCUGGAGCUUUUUCCCAGCCUCAUCCAGAUUUCUACAGCAGGCUGGACACAGAGACGCUCCAGCUCCCCGAGCUGGACACUCUGAGUAUUGCCAGAAGAGUGAAGGAAGUUCUUGCAGAAAACAACCUAGGACAGCGUCUGUUUGGAGAGCAGGUGCUGGGUUUGACGCAGGGUACUGUAUCAGAUCUCCUGGCACGACCUAAACCCUGGACUGAACUCAGCAUGAAGGGAAGAGAACCUUUCCUCCGCAUGUGCUUUUGGCUCGAAGACCCUCACAAUGUAGAGCAUCUGAAAGCAAUGAAGAGUACAGGGCACAGAGCACAUUUGAAGCGGCCUUUCACUCUCCUAAGCAUUGGGUCAGAUGAUCCUUCCCAAGAUUCUCUUCUGGACAGCAUUGUUGACCAUCCUGGGCAGUGUAACAUGGCUAAGAGGCCCCGUGUGGUGCUCACAUCUCAAGAGAAGGAAGUCCUGGUCAGGGUCUUCCAACUAGAGCCCUAUCCCUCCCACCACACCACCCAGAGACUGGCCUUAGAGCUGGGCCUCCAAACCAGCACGGUCACCAACUGGUUUUAUAACCACAGAUCCAGAUUAAGACGUACUGCCCAAGAAGGACGCUCAGUAACCACUGAUUACAGUAAUUCACCUUUUCCUGACGCGGAAAUGGUGACCCCACAUCACUUCAGUGAUGCAAGCCCUCGUUCUUUUGGCAGACCACCCUGCAUGGACACAAGCCUGGUGACUUUUAAACAGGAACCCAGUGAUGUUGAAAUAUGCAAAGUGAAAGAGGUGGAGGGGGAUAUAUCUUGGAAUAGCAAGUAUGUUUCCACCGGGGUUCAGUCCUGCAGCAGUAUGAAGCUGGAAGCAGAGGAGGAGAGGAGAGUUCUGUCCCCUCAGCCUGAGGAUGGAACUCGGUUAGAGAUGAUGGUGAAGGAGGAUCCUGAUGGAGCACAUCAGGAUUCAGGAAUGUUCUCAGCUGGUCAGAAAGCUCUAGGGCGAGUGGCCUUUCACAUAACGACCACCUCACCCAACCCCGACGGAUCCUCCAUAUCCACACACCACCAUACUGCUGCCUGAGGAGCAGUGCUAGGAAGUGACUCAUUGCAUUACAAUGGGCCUGCCAUUGCAAGUAACUCAUAGCGUUAUCGGUUAAGAAAAGCAACAUAAUUUUGUAGUAAAAGAAAUAAAAGGCCCUUGCAUUUUCAGGAAUACAUUGUAAAAUUGAUCACAUGUACAUGCUACAGGUCCCUUUGGACUUGGAUACAAAAUCUUAUGGGUGUUUUAUACCAAUAAUUCAUUAGAACGUCUACAUUACUCUAUAAAAUAAGAACAAAUAUAAAAUGUUAUCAUAAACUGACUGACUUAACUGGAAAUUAAUAUAGGCUAAUUAAAUGUCUUAUAAACACCAAAAGAAGAAACUGGCAAAGUAGCCAUUUUUGGCUUGGUGCAAAGCACACACACAUUUUCUAAACCACACUCCUUCUGGGUUGUUGUGGUUGUGGUGCUGUCCCAGUGGUCAUUGGGCAGAAGGAAAGAUACACCCUGGACAGGUCACCAGUCAGGCAUAUACAUUCACUCACACACUCACACCAAGGGGCAGUUUAGCUGCUCUGUUGGACUGACUCUAUGUGUUUGGGAGAAAACCCAUGCAGACACAGGGAGAACAUGCAAACUCCACACAGAAAGGACCCUGGUCGCCCGACCGGGGAAUUAAACCCAGGCCAUUCUUACUGUGAGGCGACUGCACUACCCACUGCACCACUGUGCCAUUUUUCAAGUAUGUCAAAAACUGAAAAUCAACAAAAAUGGAGAUUGUUAUGACACCAUCAAUAUAUUGUGUUUUGGAGGCAGGAAUGCUGGUCAACUAGCAUGACUACACUAGAUAACAGGCUAAACCAGCACCAGACCGGCCCUAGGCCUUUAACCAGCAUAGACCAGGAUUGAAUGCAUGAUGGUCUAAGCUGUUUUUCUGCUGGGGUUCACUCUAUUAAACAACAUUUUAGUUCAGUUAUCCCCCCAAUUUUCUUCAUCUGGACACAAAAGGCACUGUAAGGUUCCAUAGCAUUGAGGACAGCUAUAAAAACUUUAUUAAAGCAGCAGCAACCAAAACUCCAACACACGAUGUGAUUUAAAGUAAAUUAGUUUCUGUAAUUUACUAACAAAGUGCCAGAAGUGUAGAUAACGUGAUCAAUGUGCACGGCUGCUUUCAAUGGAAGCUCGGAAUCCAUUUAAAGUGACAUUAACAAGCAAAAAAAAUCAAAUUGAAAACAUAAUAAAGACACAAAAUGAACUCAGAAAAAGCUCAGGUUGUCCUGGUGUUUCUGCCUGCUUUAGAAAUGUCAGGCUAUGGCCUAAAAGGGGAAGAAAACAGUGAGCCAAAUAUGCUUAUGUGGAAAAUGAAUGGCAAAUAGAAAGAUUUAACAUGAGCAUCGAUAAUUUGGAGACAAAUUGACUUUGCAUUUAUAAUCCCUCCAGCUGGUUUCCUGAUAUGUUUAAUAUGCAAUGAGAAAAUGUCAACUUCUAAAGAGUCGCGAGGCUGAAGUCAGUUUCUCAUUCGCCAGCUACUUGUUUGAAUUUUCACGUUCCACCUUAAACGGUACAGCAGUUACAUUCUGGCACCUCAAGCACCAUUUAAGGUGGAAUGGGAAAAUUUGAACAAGAAGCUUAAGCUUCAUAAACAGUCAAAUGAUGAGACUUUACUUUUGCCUGAAAAGUUUCCUGCCAGAGAUGCGAGAAAAGCAGCUAUAGCUGAGCUAAAGCUUAAUGCAGAGCAAAGUAAGUCUGCGCUUUUGUUUAUAUUAUAUCUUUAGCCCAUACGAGGACAUAAGCACAUACUGAGACAUAUUUAUACACUGCUCAAAAAAAUAAAGGGAACACUUAAACAAUACAA